AUGGCGAAAUCCACCUUUCUGUCAUCCACUCAUCAGAACUCUCAAACUCCUAGCACUUAUCUAUCGAAUGGAAGCAGCCAUGGCGGUGAAGGUGUCUACACAAAUGGAACCAGCACCAAAACCAAGGAUCCUUAUAGUGAUGAUCCAUUUUUAGCUGAAUACACUCCAAAUAUAUCAUUGAUUCAGCUGGGUGAACCUAUGUAUUCCACAAAGGGUCCCAACGGUAUUGGCCAAAAAUGGGACAACAGUACAGAUAAGGAAACGAAACGAGCUGAUAAGGCUGAUAGUGAAGUGCAACAAAUAAAAACCACUCGUAAAAAACAACUUCAAAAAUCCGUUAUCGAUGAAUAUGUUCAACGUAAUAAACAUAAGGUUUCUUUUUCAUUUGGUCAAAUUUUAACUUCACUUUACUUUUCACACUGUUUUGUGUUAAAUACAGUUGAUGUGUUUGGGUGUGUUGUUUAA